AUGGCAACAAACUGGGGGGCUGAUGUAUCAUUACCCAGGAGGACAGAGAAAUACAAUGUGGGACAUUUCCUUAAUAUGGUCCAGAGAAUGAAAAUGAACGAGCCGCAGCCCCCUGCAUCAGCGCGGAUACAGCUCGGCUGCGCCCCGCACGUGCUCCGGCCCCGGCGUCCCUCCGGCCGAGGGGGCACCGCCAAGACGGGGCGGAGUCCCGAGGCGCCUGGUAAACGUGCCGAGGACUCAGCGUGGUGCGUGCUCGUGCGCUCAGCGCGGAUUGGCCGCUCGGAGCGGCGCGGGGGUUGGCGGGAGAUUCGCGGGUCCGCGGGCUGGGAGAGCGGUUGCGGCGGGGACAUGGCCUCUCGGUGGCGGAGGGGCCUGGGCUUGCUGCGGUGGCGAACAAGUGGGAGAUAUUCAAAGAACACUGCAGGAAGAACACAUGCCAUAAAAGAUAAAGCUGACCAACUGAGCAAGCCCACUGACCUGUAUGAUUUUUCUGCUCAUUCUGAUGUCUCAAGCGUGGGCAGGAUGAGUGAAAAUGAGAAAGAUGAAGAACCUUAUGAAUGCUUUGAGCCCCCUCUGCACAGCACUGCUAUAUACGCUGAUGAAGCUGAGCUCUCCAAACACUGUGGAUCAUCUGUCCCUUCCACUCCGCAAGGAGAGGAAGCAAAAAGAAGUUCGAACACUUACGAAAUUGAAGAAAGUGAAAACGAGUCUGUAGGAAGGAGUGCAAGAAAGCGAGGAAGAAAACUCAGGCCCGUUAGUGAUGAAUCUGAGAGCUGUAACGAAAGGGAUGUGAUGAAAGAAGGUAAACCAACAGAGAAAAUAAGUAGCCAACAGCAGGAAGCUACCUUAUCUUCAGAACUUUCGGAUGAAUCAGCUGAACCUGGCACUCCUAAAAAGACAGGGCCUCUCAGUGCCAAAUUCUCUGUUGAAAAAGAGACCCGGGCAGCAGAAAGUCGGCUGAAAACUCAGGAAAAGAAGAUGUUUCGUGGCAAAAAAAAGAAAUCAAGAAAUGAAGCCAUGGACCCAGGUGUUUCCAACCUUACACAUAUUUGGUGUCUAAAAGGAAAGACAAGCAGUGACAUCAUGGACUUAGAUGUUGUUUUGUCAGCAUUCGAGAAAACCCUCCCUGAGUAUGGACAAAAUAUAGAAUCUAAAAUUUGCAAGAAAGCAAUCAACAAAUUUCAUGCUAGUGUGAAAGAAGAACUCAUCAAAACGCUUACGCAAGUCCAGAUGUUGAAAACUCUGAGAAGAAAGAAUGCUAAGAUGAUCUCAGAUAUUGAAAAGAAAAGGCAGCGUUUGGUUGAAGUCCAGGAUGAACUGCUUUGUUUAGAACCACAGCUGAAACAACUGCAAACAAAAUACGAUGAACUGGAGGAGAGAAGAUCUUCCCUUAGGAAUGCAGCAUAUUUCUUAUCUAAUUUAAAACAGCUUCAUCAAGAUUAUUCAGAUAUUCGAGAGAGAGAACCAAAUGUAAAGGAAACGUAUGAUGCAUCCAGCCUUCCAGCUCUGUUAUUCAAAGAAAGAACCCUUUUAGGAGCUGAAAGUCAUCUGCAAAAUAUCAACCAUCAAUUGGAGAAGCUCCUUGACCAGAAAUGAGACCAGCUGCUGAAACAUGCCUAUGUAAAGAUAAGUCCCAUGCGCCUGCCUGUUGCCUCAUGAAGCUACUUCUUAUUGUUAAAGCAACACUGAUACAUGUGAGAAAGUAAAGUAAACUUGUCUAGCUGUUCAGGCUGGUGUUUGACUGUAUAGUAGUUCUAGAGGCCAUAAUUAAUUUUCCUGGUUAGUGUUUUGAGUGAUUAGUUAAAUGUUGACAACUAAUUCCAACAGCCACAGACAUAAAGGCUUUUAACCUAUAAAUAAAUAUGCGAAAUUAAGUUGA